AUGGCCAAGCGUACAUCAAGACAAGCGGUUCAUCAGGCGCACUAUGAGGCAGAAAAGCAAAUCUACGAAAAUGUAGAUUCCAAGUCUUCAGAGGUGUACGGUCUUGCAAACCAGAUGCAAAGGGAGAAUGUUGAUGUUGUGGAUGACAAACUAGUAGAGAAUGAUGCAGGUGAGAUGUCAUUGAACCAAGAAGCAAAGGAGAAAGCUUGGUUAGAGCAUCAUGAAAGGCUCCUUAAUGUGGAAUUUGACUGGGACCCUGAACACCUAACUAAUGAACCACCACUGGAAGGGCCACCUGUCCCAAUCACAAUUGAGAUGGUGAUAAAGGCCAUCUUCAAGAUGAAGUCGGAUAAAGCAGCUGGACCAUUGGGAAUAGUAGUGGAGAUGAUCAGAGCCGCACGCGACACAGGUGUAUCCAUGAUCCAUGACCUUGCAUCCUCAAUCGUCUAUCAUGGCAAGGUCCCCACUGACUGGGAGUAG